CGCACUCGCACUGCAGCAAGUUGAGAGCCAGCAACUGCAAGCCUAGUGGUGCUCGUCUAGAGCUGCAAAAGGAUAUUCUAUACAAUGGAGUCCCUAGGCUUGCUGGUUCUUGCCAUCGCCGCGGUGCUCAAGCUCGCCGGCGCCGACUCCGGCUGGAACGGCGGCCGCGCCACGUUCUACGGCGGCAACGAUGCCUCCGGCACCAUGGGAGGAGCGUGCGGCUACGGCAACUUGUACAGUACGGGGUACGGGACGAACACGGCGGCGCUGAGCACCGCGCUGUUCAACAACGGGCGGAGCUGCGGCGCGUGCUUCGAGAUCCGGUGCUCCGGCGGCCGCAGCUGCCUGUCUGGCUCCGCCGUGGUGACGGCCACCAACUUCUGCCCGCCCAACUAUGCGCUCCCCAACAACAACGGCGGGUGGUGCAACCCGCCGCAGCCGCACUUCGACCUCGCCGAGCCGGUCUUCUCCAAGAUCGCCCAGGCCAGCGCCGGCGUCGUGCCCGUCCAGUACAGGAGGGUGGCAUGCACCAGGCAGGGCGGCAUCCGGUUCACCAUCUCCGGCCACUCCUACUUCGUCCUGGUGCUGAUCACGAAUGUGGGCGGCGCCGGCGACGUGUCGGCAGUGUCGGUGAAGGGGUCGCAGAGCGGGUGGCAGUCCAUGAGCCACAACUGGGGCGCCAACUGGCAGAGCAACGCCAUGCUCGACCGCCAGGCGCUGUCGUUCAAGGUCACCACCAGCGACGGCCGCAGCGUCACGUCCGCCAACGCCGCGCCCAGCGGCUGGAGCUACGGCCAGACCUACUCUGGCAACCAGUUCUAGCCGCCGGCCACCAUUAGCAGCGCAGUGUGCGUCGCCGGAGGAGGGCUCUGUUUUGAAGCAGCUCGCUCGUGAGCGGCAAAAGGUCUCCGCUGCGCUGGUCGCGGUGGUUACGGACUUGUGACUUUACGUUUUUCCGCUCGCAAGGCGUAUGCGCCUUCGCCAGCCACCGAAGAUGGGGCUCGGGGCGUUUUUAAUGUGCAGCAGGCGUAUGCUUUGCGGGGACGCUUUAAUUAGUCAGGGGGUUUUGAGCUCUGAGGAAAAAUAAUUAAUGGCUGGUGGCUGUGGUGAUGAGCAGAAAUUAAGCGGGGCUCGUCACCCGCGCCGUGUACCACGUAACUGCAUCUCUGCUUGCUUGAAUUAAUGGAUUGUGCUUGGGAGUUUUAGCUUAGUGUAAA